CCGAAAUGUUCUUUGUAAAAUGAGUAUCUGUCAAAAUAAGUAUAACCUAAAAAACUGAAUAGAUAUUUGAAAUACAUUGAAUAUUUCAUAUCUAAUACAAAAUAAUACGUAUCUACUGUCAUAAAGUUUAUAUAUAUUAAAUAGCCAUGUUGCCUCGAUAUUUAAGGAAUUCAAUCAAAAACAGUGGCUUAUAUCUGCGGAAUAAUUCAACCGUGGCUCAAACAGUACCACAAAAAGAACCAGAAAAUACCCAGGAAUCUGUGCCUAAAAGAAGUAAUCCACUAGAACACCCAGAUUACUUUCAUGUACAUAAUUUAUUCACCGUUAAAGAUUUAUUUGAUGCAAGAGUGCACUUUGGGCACAAAGAAGGAUCUUUAAAUGAAUAUAUGACACCAUAUUUGUACGGCUCAAGGUUGGGACAUCUAAUAUUUGACUUGGAUAUUACAGCAGAUCAUUUACGUAAAGCUUUAAAUUUCGCUGCCCAUAUAGCAUAUAGAGGUGGAAUAAUUUGUUUCUUCAAUAGAAAUGCAUUAAAUGCACAUUUGGUAGAAAGAACUGCUCAAGAGUGUGGUGAAUAUGCUCAUACAAGAUUCUGGCGUGGUGGUAUCUUUACAAAUGCUAACCAUCAAUUUGGUGCCAUUACGAGGUUGCCUGACUUGUGUAUAUUCUUGAAUACACAAAAUAAUAUACUCAGUCAACACACAGCUGUUAGAGAUAGUGCAAAAAUGUUAAUACCUACCAUUGGUAUUGUAGACAGUAAUUGCAAUCCUAAUUUAGUUACAUACCCAGUACCUGGCAAUGAUGAUACCCCAUGUGCUAUAGAAUUAUAUUGCAAAUUAUUCAAAGCCGCAAUUCUAAGAGGUAAAGAGGAGAGAAUGAAAUUAUUACAAGAAAGCUAAUAAAUUGUUGAAUUCAAUCAAAUCAUUUAACAAUCUUUAGGUAUAUAGUGUUUAAAUAACAAUAGACAUAAUUUAAAAACAAUAAUGAUUUUUUAUUUAAC